AUGUUUUUCAAUAUAUUUAUUAAUGACUUGUUUCAGCAUGUGAAAUAUGCAAAACUAAACGCAUACGCAGACGACCAUCAGAUUUACUCGUCUAGCCUAGACCCACUCGCACUGGAAGAGUGCAUUUGUCAAGAAGUUAAUGUCGCAAAUCAGUGGUAUAAAAACAAUGGCAUGAUUGUGAACGAGAAAAAGCACUAACCUCUAAUCCUGGGAAAAACUGAGCACAAUUUUAGUUUCUCAGUAAAUAACUCAAUAGAUGUAGUUGGGAUGACAAUAGAUAAUAGGCUCUCUUUUGAUAACCACGUAUCAGUUAUCCGUAAGAAAAUAAAUAAUCAAUUUAACGCAAUGCUUACAUUUCGGAAACUUAUUAAUAAGGGGACGCUAUUGAAGCUUUUUUUUAUUUGAAGCCUUUAUUUUGCCACAUUUUUACUACUGUUCUUCUGUGUGGCAUUUCUGUGGUGCGCAUAAUGCCGACAAAGUGGAUAACCUAAAUAAGCGCAUUUUUAGGUUUACCGUAAAUCCCCCAUUUAGCCCCCCCUCUCAAAUAAGCCCCCCCUCUCCAAUAAGUCCCCCCCCCCUUUUCAGAGGAGGAAAGUUAAUAAGCCCCCCCCCUCCCCCUCCCCCAAUCCUUAUUCUUCACAAAAAAAAUUAACGAUUAACGUGGACUGAUCAGUUAUGGUUUAUUCAGGCUGAAAGUUCAUAUUGUUUUGGGUCUUUGGUCGCAUGACCCCCAAUUUCAUAUGCUUGACUUUCUCAACUUUGCGCUCUAGUUCUCUGUGGAGAACAUUUUUGAAGAAUAAGAAUUUUGUUUUUGUUACUUUUAGGCUCCCACAAGUGAAAUAAAUACUUUUGACAGUAACUUUAAUUGUACAACGCGUAACUCUACUCUGUCUCAUACCACGGUGUUUUUGCUACAGGUGAUGCGUUUUGCUAAAUUAAAUAAGCCCCCCCUCAAAAGUGCUUGAUAGAGGAUUUACGGUAUACUAAAGGACUACAGCUCUCCAUAUGACAUUUUACUAAGCAAAGUUAACAUGAAAUCUCUAUUCAUAAGACGCCUCCAGAACUUCAUGAUCACAUCACAUAAGAGUCUGUUCUUUACGAAUUAUCCAAGUUAUUUAAAAGAUAUGUUCAUCGUACGGUCUUCAUCCUACAAUUUGGGCGGAAAUCAUAUCCUGGCCCUUCCUAACCCAAAAACAACGACUUACGGUCUGCACUCUUUUUCAUACUUAGCCGGCAAAAUAUGGAACUCUCUCCCAGACACUUACUAAACAUUAAAUUUCCCAGAAUUCAAGCAGGAGAUCCUCAGAUAUGGAGCUUUUCCACAGUAGAUUUACAAGUUAUAUUCCUCUUUGCAUGCAUAAUGUUGUAUUUAGUUUAUAAAUAAUAAUAGAAUUGUAAUAUAACAUAUUUUAUUUUAUUUUAACUUAUUUUCUCGAAUACAUUAGCUCUACACCUACUCUGUAAAUUUCGAGCAUAAAUAAAGUAUAUGUAUAUGUAUGUAUGUAUAUAUUCAAUAUCCAAAAUUGCGUGUUAAGUAGAACAGUUUGCUCGGAAACCAUACUGUGCAUUAUAAAGAAUGUGUUAUUUUUUUUCGAUAAAGGAGGUGAGGCGUUUACGCAUCAGUCUUUCGAACAAUCGAUUGAACACAGAUAGUAAUGAAAUUGGCCGAUAAUUGCCUAGCUCAGUUCUGUCACCUGUCUUAUAGACUGCAGGGGCGUAGCCAGGAUUUUUCAAAGGGGGAGGGGUGGUCACAGAGGCUACUCACUGCUGCUCUCUUUCGUGUAUCAGCGGGCUCAGUCGUAUUAUCGCGGCUUGAAGGCCCAUAUUAACUAAAGACAAGAGCCGUUGACGAAAAUACUUUACAAAAAAACAAAUUUAAAAAAGUGGGCUUUUCAACAAUGGCUUUUACGACCAAGAUAUUGUCAUGGCGUUUUCGCCACCUGAAUAUUGUAGCUUGUUUGGUCUUUUACGUCAUCAGUAUGGAAUUUCUGUCGCUGACUCGCAGACUUUCCUCCCCACGAAACGUCCCCAGCGGCGAGGAGCGAGGAGAAACGGCUGUUUUCGCAGGCUAACAUAAGAUGUGUCCUAAAUGUUCACUGCCCUGCAUAGGCUGCAGGAACAGAGCUCCGAAAAUAUAUUUUUCGGAGGGAGAGAAGCGACGACCGGAAAUAUACGUCUGCGCUUCGCAGGCUAGGAAAAGGAAGGAGAGCUUGAAACUACUUAUCUGGGAUUCAGUUUCAGCUCUGUCUGGAAUUUGAAUAUCUGCAUCGAAAUAGUCGAUGCGAAGUGCUGAUUGGCGGAGAUUACAUUAGCAAUGACGUCCUUACCCUUGGCCCGUGUUUUUCAGAGUUUGUUUACAUUCGCGUUAUGCGCUGAUUGGCAGAAAUCUGACAGUUGUGACGGCGAGCUACAGGGCCUGUUUCAGGCGUUUGGGUAGAGGAGUGCGGCGCGAAGGAAGUGAAAGCCUAGUUCCCAGGGUUCUCUCCAACCCGCCCUACGGAGCGAGAGAGAGAGAGCUCUCUCUCUCUCUCUCGCUCCGCAGGAAGGGUAGGUGAGAACCCUGGGAACGAGGUUGAGGAAGAGAGCGAAAAAAAAAUUAAGGAGGAAAGAGGGCGAGGGAGAGAGAAGGGAACCUUAACUCGCUCUCACCCCUACCCCACCCCCUCGUCGUUGUGUUUUUUUUUUCUGCUUACAUCUUUUUUCGCCUUCGCCACUGCUGGGUUACCUGUGGCCUCACGAGCCUGUGACCUGUCAUGACAUAAGCCUCGUUUCAGUGAGAAGUUGUCGGUGGAGUCGUGCUUUCAUCGUGCCGCAGCAGCGUUUCAUAGUAUGUGAGGGAGUUUACUUAUUCAUCUACACACAUGAAGUUAAAGAUACGGACUGUAUUGCUUAACUGAUGUAGAAGAACACCAUCCAAGCAGCGGUGAGUAAAAUUGCACCAGUUAUGCCACUAUGUUUGCCGCAUUUUUGCACGCCCCUUCCGAUUCUCGCAAUCAGCUGAAUCAGCUGAAUGAAAUCAAUUGUUGCUCUGAAUGAAAAUAUUUAGGCGUGAAACUGGUUAUUAACAUUGGAAAACCGUUUAGAUCGUUUACUUUUAACGGUGUGUGGAGUUUUAUCGGAAAUGAAAAGCUGCAUUCUUCCAAAUUUCUGGAUGUGAUUGGCUUGUUUAGAGCGUGUCAUCCCGGGAUGAUAAAAUGGGACCACAGGUAGCCCACACAAUCUGUUUGCGUAACCGAUGUAAUUUGCUUUAUCUUCGGUAAAUUUUGUCCUUUUGCCUCAGAAGUGGUAUUUCCAGCGAUUUUGAAGGAUUUUGAGUUCGCUGUUCCUCUUAAUAGAAGGACAAGGGUGGAAUAAAUUUUUGAACGGCCCCAGCACUAGAGCGAUUUUCCCUCAGAAAAUCACGUCGCUCCGCCUUCAAACCUCGCAGCAGAAAGCUCGUAACAUUCACCCUUGUUCUUGUACCUUCCAAUCAAAGAUCCAUCCAAAAGGCCCGGAACUAGGCCUCGAAGAAAACUAAAAUUUCAAAGUUUUUGAACGGUCAAAAUGCGUAGCAAGAGUUAUGUGUGGCGGCCAGAAACGGUCCCACUGAUUGCCUCUUUUUAACUGGAUUUUUUUUAACCAAAUGCUUACACAACUAGACCCCGACUUUACUGGGCUGCCCGGCAUAAAACCUGUGUUGAAUGAGAACGAGAAGUUUUCUAGAACAGACAGCCAACAGCUUAUUAUAAAGGGAAUUAACCCAUUAAACCUCACUCAAGCAGCUGUACCAAGACUUUAAAUAGAUGAUAAUCUUAUUUUAAAACUUAUGGUCGACACGAAAAUGCAUUUUGCCACAAAAAAAAAUGUUCUGUUUCAAGAUUUUUCCUUUUGUUUCUUGUUAUUUGUCUUGAAGUUAAAGGAAUUAGCUGUUUGCAUUUUCUGACCUCGAAAAGUUUAAAGAUUUGAUUACUCACAUGUCAAUUUCAUUGGAAUGAACGUUAAAAAAAUGUCAACAGAUAAAACGGUAGAUAAUGCAGUGUUUUUUAUUCCCGUGGGGUACUCACUUAUAUGAGCCAUAUAGGUAUGUGCCACCCCAGUGGGUAGGGUUUUUGCUCCUUUUUAACUUGUGGGGAUGCGCGAGCAUACCAUGAGUUAUUGCAGGGACUAGGAUAUGCAAAUUAGUCACUUGCUCACUCGUAGUAGAUGGUUCAAUCUCGGUGGUUUUUUAGAGCUUCCAUUUGACGAUAAAGACUCAGUUAUGGCAGAUAAAGGAUUCACAAUUCAGGAUUUGUUGCCUUUGGGAGUUACUUUAAAUUUGCCACCUUUUCUUGGAUUAUCUGCACAUAUGGCUGCAGAGGAUGUGGUAGCCACCCAGGAAAUCGCUAGUUUAAGAAUUCAUGCUGAGCGUGCCAUAAACAAGAUAAAAAACUUUCACAUCUGGGAUAGAGUUGUUCCAUUACAUCAGAUGGGAAUUGUAAACCAGAUGUGGGCAGUAUGUGCAUUCUGUUGCAAUGCGCAGCCCAACAUCAUAUCCAUAUGA